AUGGAACUAGAUAAAAUAGCAACAAAACCAAUAUCUCGUCCGUCUUUAAUAUGUAAUAUAUGUGGUGAUGUUGCACGUGGCUUCAAUUUUGAUGUUAUAACAUGUUUAUCUUGUAAAGCUUUUUUUCGAAGAAAUGCUUUUCGAUUAUCACAAAUACGUCGUUGUUCACAUACAAACUCUUGUAAUAUAACAAAAGAAACACGUAGUUAUUGUUCAGCUUGUCGUCUAAAAAAAUGUUAUACAUUUGGUAUGAAUCCGAAGUUAAUUCGAUUGAUUGUUCAGCAUGAAACUAACUGUAAUAUAUAUAAACAAUUAAUAAUGGCAAAACAAAAACAAAUUCAAUUACCAACACCUAAACCACUUGAUCUUCUUGAAAAUGAUCGUUCAACUUUGACAAAUGAUCAAUGGAAUCUUCUUUCAAAUAUUAUUCUAUCAUAUAAUGAACAAAAUGUUAUCAAUCAAGUUAAACAUAUACUUGAAGAAAAAUCUUCAUUACCAGUAAAAUUACGUUUAAAACCUUCUGAUACAAUAAAUCUUAUGAGUAAACCUUUUGAAAAUAUUAUAUUACUUAUAAAUCAUUCACCUCAUUUUCGUUGUUUAUCAAGCAAUGCUCAUCGAGCAGUUUCAUUGCAUAAUGUAUUUUUUACUGGUGCUCUCGAUGGAUAUUUUGUUGCUCGUGAAACUGAUCUUUUUACAAAUUUGAAUUAUAUGAUUGCUAGUGGUGCUAUUUAUGGACAUGAUUAUGUAAUGAAAUGUGCACAAAAUAAUGAACGAUUGGAACCAAAUGGAGAUCUAAUUAAAAUAAUGUUAUUUGUUUUGAUAUUUUCAAGUAAUUUUUCAAUGGUUAUAUUUAAUGAUCAAGAAGAUUUCAAUACUAUGUCAAGUUCGAUUGAAUUAAUACAUAUACAAGAUAUCUAUGUCACGGUAUUAUGGAAAUAUUUAAUUUAUUUAUAUGGAUAUAAGCAAGCAGUAGUACGUUUUUCUAGAUUGUUAAAAACUGUUCUUGAUAUGCUUAGUCGAGUAGAAGAACUAUCGAAAAAUGUAACUCUACAUAAAAUGAUUAAUAGAAUUGUGACACAUACAGAACGUGCUUUGGUUAUACAAGAGUGA